AUGACGACCAAAUCAUACACGAAACACAAGGAGUACAAGGAGUUCUCCAGCAGAGGCACCGUGCCCUACGACGACGAACAAUUCGACAUGUUGAAGUCGGAGCUCAUACCGAAGGGCAGCAAGCUGGACUCGCUGGGCCGCGGCACCGGGACCAGAGAGUACCAUUACGAGUACAAGGAAGAGAAACUGCCCGGCGGCAAGUACGAUCGCAAAGACUUCCACACUGUUGAGGAGUACACGAUCCCUCCUAGAAACGCGCCCAAGUCCGCGGAGAGCAGCUCGUACUACUACGAGAAAGAGGAGAGGGAAAUCCCGGCGAUCACGACUGGUACGCGCACCUACAACUACGAGACGGUCGGGACUUCCCCGGCUUACACCAAAGUCAACUCGAAGGUGACUAAAGAGAUGACGCAGAACGUGGAAGAGCUGGACUCCCUUCUGGACGAUUUGCAGAGGGAUCAAGAGAGGCAGCUGUACAAGAGCGGAUACGCGUCUGAUACAGCCGAGAGCACGUCCUUCGACUACAGACGGGGGACUCCUGCCAGAGCGGCGCCAUCUAGCGGCUACUCCACGCUGAAACGCGAGGAGCUCAGCCAGCAGCUCUUCAAAGAGGAGAAGAUUGAAACACGAGCGGCGCAGGGUGCGGUGACGUCGCCCACUGCGCCGCCUUGCACUCACUGCCACCACCAGCCUGCUCCCUGCGGGACGCUGCCGAUGAACAAAGUGACCACCACGGUGAAGACCUACACGUACGAGGUGCCAGCCGGCGCGGACCCCACCACGCUGCCGCUGCCGCCGCUGGCCGACACGCACACGCACGCAUGCACGCACGCAUGCACCGACGUGCACACGGCGACGCUGUCCCGGCCGCUGGAAGGCGCCCCUGGCCCCGGGUGCCAGUACUGCUCGCACUGCAACUGCCGCACGCGCGAGUACAGUCGCACACACCUCACCGACGAGACGUCGGUUUCGCCCUCCCCCGCCGGCGCCCCCGCCCCGCGCGACGGACACCCCCCAUACGGUUCGUCUACGUACAAGUACUCCGAGAGCUACUCUGCGCACAACUCUCUGUCUCCCCCCCCUCCGGGGGGCCGCCACCCCUCCCCCUCGCCGGGCCCCUUCCCGCGCCCUCACACGCCCUCCUCGCCCCCCGCGCCCUUCCCGCGCCCGCACACGCCCUCGCCCGCCGAGCAGCAGCCGCCCAAGAGGCUGGACGAUCUGCUGGCGGACUUCCCGGAGGCGAGGUUCCCCACGCAGCCGGACGGCGUGCGGCGGCGCGUGGAGGCCAACGCGCGGGAGACGCGCGACACUUCCCACUCCCACGCCGGGCCGGGGCCCACGCCCAGCUCGGGGCCCACGCCCACGCCCACGGGCAAGCUGGUGGCCGCGGGCGCCAGCAAGAACGUGGCCGGCCCCGCCGUCUACUACCCGCCGGGGCACACGCCCUUCGCCAAGAAGGAGGCGGCCGGCUACCAGGCCAGCGCGAUGCAGGGCGGCGGCGCAUACGCGUCGGGCCGCGGCAUGUACGAGUACGAGUCCGGAGCGAGAAGCAAGCAGAAGCACUCCGAGAAGACCACCGCGGUGCCCGUCUGCCUGCCGCUCUGCUGCGCCAUGCCCUGCGUCAUCAUG